AUGCGUAGACGAUCUCACAUGUCUUCUUCACGGGUAGUAUAUAUUCAGACAGAUGACUUCGAAAGCUUGAAGAAAGUCAAUACCGCCCUUCUUGAUACCGCCAUCCGCGCCAUCGAACAAAUCUCUCCCCAACUGAAGAUGGUCAUCCUGCAAACCGGCGGCAAAGGCUACGGCCUCGAAUUUCCAGACAAAGUCCCCAUCAACCCACACCUGCGUGAGAAUAUGCCGAGAAUUUCUGAACCCUACGCGAGCAAGAUCCUCUACUACUCGCAGUACGACCUACUCACCGAGCUGUCGAAGGGCAAGGACCGGAUGUUCGCUGAGGCGCGGCCUGACGGCAUAAUUGGGUUCACGCCAGUCGGCAAUGCGAUGAAUCUGUCACAGCGUAUUGGGCUGUAUUUGACAAUCUAUCGAGAAGUACAUGGCGCUGUGGACGUCUGGCCGAAGCUGCGCGAUCAUUUCGAUUUGGUGGGCAAGGGACCUGGUUUCGAUCCUGUACCGAUGGAAAAGUUUGUCAAAAGCAAUAUCAAUGCGUGGAAGAAGCCGACUGAGACGCACGGGCUAGAGGAGAAAGCUCUGGAGGAGCAGAAUUGGCCAUUUGUACGUUUCAUGCUUAUUUACCUCGACUUCGAUAGACAGUACAAUUUGACGCGGAGCAGAGAAGCUGGUUUCGAAGAGGAGAUUGACACUGCUGAUAGGUACUUGAAGGCUUGGGAAAGGAUGAGGAAAGCGAAAAUCCUGCCGCUUAGAGUAGCGUAG